AUGACAGCGUUUAUGUUUGUGAAGGUGCAGAAGAAAUAGGUCGCAGGCAGGUCGCUAGCAUGUCUUUUCGGUUUGAGUCUGUUUAGUUUUUUUCGUGGGUUUUGAUGAAACUCCGUGGUCCCAUUGAUUCAGGAAUUCAAUGCAGCUUUGACUGAAGAGAAGAUCAAUUUAAAGGCACUCCGUGAUCUCUGCUUCAAUGGAAUCCCCUUUGAGGGAGGAAUCCGCGCCCUGUGCUGGAAGGCGAGUCCCGUUCAUCACCCCAGAGCUCGUCCUCUUCGUAAACUCUCGUCCUCUCGACACUCUCCAGCAAAUCUGUACAGUAAAUCCCAGAGCUUCUUAUGAGCAAACCAGGCAGAAGCCCUGUCCACAGUGGUUUUGAUAAUCUCCACUACAUUCAUGUGUAUAAUACACUUAUUUAUUGUUAUCAAUUUGACAGGUGUGUUAAGAAUGGAACGAUUGUGUUCCUUGUUAAAUUACUGUUUGUUUUGCUAUUAAGGCUUUGUAUGUUUUGCGAUGGGUUGCCACUCCAUCCUGGGUUGUUCCCUGUCUGCCCCCCCACCGCGAUCCUGUAUCGACCAAGCAGUUACAGAAAAUGGAUGGAUGGAUGGAAUUUUCUUUUACUGAAUUACCUUCCAUUGGAACGGGCGGUAUGGGAUUCCUUUCUGAAGAAGCAGAGGGAGCUGUAUGCCCAGUUCCUGGAGGAGAUCAUCAUUCAGCCAGGCAUCGCCAAGGCCGAUCUAGGCCUCUCCAGAGAGGAUGUGACUUUGCAUGACCAUCCGUUAAACCCCAACCCAGACAGUCGGUGGAAGAGCUACUUCAAGGACAAUGAGAUUCUUCUGCAGAUCGAUAAAGACGUCAGACGCUUGUGUCCGGAUAUCUCCUUCUUCCAGAGUGCCACGGAGCACCCUUGCAAACUCAUCUUGGACCCCCGGAACGAUUAUGAAACGUUACGGAGCCGUGUGGAGCAAACCUCCCUCAAGGCCCAGACUGUAAACCGCAACCGGCGAGGAGUCACGAACGUGAGUCCCCCAGCUCGGGUUCACGGGCCAAACCCAUCCAGCGCGUAUGAGGUCCUCCCCCCUGGCAGCGAGGCCCACUGGGAGGUGGUGGAGCGUGUCCUCUUUGUCUACGCCAAGUUGAACCCAGGCAUCGCCUACGUUCAGGGCAUGAAUGAGAUCGUGGGGCCUCUUUACUACACCUUUGCCACAGACCCCAACAGGGACUGGAAAGAGCAUGCUGAGGCCGACACCUUCUUCUGCUUCACCAACCUGAUGUCUGAGAACAGGGACAACUUCAUCCAGACCCUAGAUGACUCCCACUGCGGCAUCACCUACCGGAUGGAGAGUGUCUACUCCACCCUCAAGGAGAAGGACGGGGAGCUCUACCACAAGCUGCAAGAGCAGAACAUCAAGCCACAGUACUUCACCUUCCGCUGGCUGACCCUACUGCUCUCCCAGGAGUUCCUGCUGCCAGACGUGAUCCGUAUCUGGGACACGCUCUUCUCAAACCAGGACCGCUUCGACUUCCUCAUCCUGGUCUGCUGUGCCAUGUUGAUCCUGAUUCGGGAUCAGCUGCUGUGCGGAGACUUCACAGCCAACAUGAGAUUGCUGCAGGACUAUCCCAUCGCGGAUGUGCACACAAUACUCAGGAGAGCCACAGAGCUGCAGGACGGCACAUAGCGAGGAAACCGCAAGGCCAGUGACAGGGACAGCUUUGAUGCCCCAGUGCAUUCUGGGAGUGGACUUCCCAGGGCAGUCCGAGAAGUCCGUCCAGGGGCCUUCACCACCUUCACCCCCAUCUCUCUCAGCACAUGGAGGGUCUGAUUCAAGGUGUUUAUUUGUAUAGUGAAGACUUGAAAAUGUAAAAACUUAAAACAAUCGGAAUAAGCACGACGUCAAUGAUAAACAGUAGUAUGAUAGGACAGAAUAAAUGCCAGGACAGAUCUUCUGAAAUGCGAUUUCCAAAUUUUAGAAUUGCCUUUGCUUCUUUGUUACAAUAAACAAGGUCACUUAAUGCUCGUAUUAUUUAUUUUAAGGUAACAUUGUCAGGAAUGAUGAACCCCGGUAAGGAUAGUUGUCACUGAUAUGGUUUUCAAAUCUUCACACCGUUAAGGUUCGUUUCUGGCUUCUCUGGUCAUCUUGAGAACUCAGAAUUAAUACUUCUGCUGGCUUUCUGAAGAUUUAUCUCUGUAAAACAUUCACGUUCGCUGAACGUGUCUCUUAAUUCAUGGAAACAAUAUAUUUCUUAAAAAUAACACAUUGCUUUGUAUGUAUCAUAAGGAAAAUUUAUACAUCACAAUUCCUGUUUGUGUGCAUUUUUAGGACAAAUUGAUUUUUAAUUAAUUGUUUCUAGAGCAAAUGAAUUCUCACUAACUUGGCUUGAGUGUUUAAGAAACAUAGCAUACUAAUAUAUUAUUAAGGAAUGUGCAUCUCGAUGCCAGUUAUAGGGGAAAUAGAGGAUUGUUGGGAUUCUGUAAUAUUACCCUGGCAUUCAGAUAUUCCUUUGGACCUCAAGCUGAGAAGAUUGAUAGUUUGAAAUCCAGUCAUAGGAGGGCAUGGGAGGAGCAAUUCCCUUGAACCCUGGGACUUCACAUUGCAAAAGCCGAAGUGGUUUUUAUAUGGAUAUUGACAUGCUGUCUUGUGUUUGCUGACCUAAUGUCUUGGCCAAAUGAGGAGCCGUAAACAGAUCUAUUGCUUGUCUGAACAUUAGGGCUCCCUCUAUUGGUGAGAGUAGGAAUGCACUUUCACAGAAGGUGAUUCUUUGUACCGCUGCUAUGAAGGUCUUCCUAUUAAAUCAUUUGUAUUUGUAA